GCGGAAGAUGGUGUGUCAUAUGAUAUAUAAUUCCGGAAAUGGUCUUGAAUAAAUAUCCUGCCAGAGCAAGUUAAAUGUACAAUUUACAAUAAUUUAGGUUUGUUCAAACAUUUACCAUAUAUCAUGUCGUCAAGCCAUGCCAAAGUUGGUGCAUCCACAGAUUCGAGUUUUUUGGGAGGAAGGAUACCAUCAGAAAUCGAAAUCAUGGCUAAACACCUGAAGGAUUUAGACCAAGAAAUGUUUAGAAAAAUUCUUAAAGCGGUGGUGAAUGCUAUUGAGGGCAAGGACUGCCGGGAAGCAAUGAAGGUUAUUGCGGCAAAUGCUGCCAUCCCUGAAGAACGGUUGACUUAUGUUGUGGCUGGAAUGUACAGACUCCUUAAAGAGGCUUUACGUAUACCAAUGUCAUCUUUAAAACAAGAGGUUUUCAAAGAAGAUUUAAGAGAACUAAGGAUACCUGACGAAUUCAUCACAGACUUCUCAAGUUUAGUGUUUGGCAGUCGACGAACAACCCUGGAGGCCGUGGCUACCCAACUGGGGCCUAGACUACCCUCCGUGGAGGAUCUCAGAUGGAGAGUGGACGUGGCCAUUUCCACAAGUUCCCUAGCUCGUGCCUUGCAGCCCUCCAUUUUAAUGCAGAUGAAGCUCUCUGAUGGAAGUGCUCAUCGCUUUGAGGUGUCUGUUUCCAAGUUUCAAGAACUCCGGUAUAAUGUUGCACUUAUUCUUAAGGAGAUGAACGAUCUGGAAAAGAGAAGCAUUUUGAAAAUUCAAGAUUAACUCUGCAUGUCAGUAAGAUCGUAAAGGAUUUUCAUCUUGAAGGUUUUUGUUGUUUCCAUAAAACAGAUUUAUAUAUAUUUUACAUGUAACAUUAUAGAUAAUAAAUGUGAUAAAUU